AUGUUCUGUGAGUCUGGCCUGCAAGCAACUCAGAAACAGGAAGAGAAAACCCCUCUUGCUCUGGUGUUCCCAUUCCACCCUCUAGUGACAAGUCUUAACAUUGUGCCAACUGACAGAAGAGAAAUAGUCACAGAAUCCAACACCAUCAUCAUGGAGCAGGCGAAAAGAAAUCUGGAGCUGAGAGAUGACGAAUCAGAGAGAUUAUUAUUGACAGACAGUGAUCAAGCAAGCGGAGUCAGUAUUCCCAGGGGUACAGUAUCUGUUCAUUCCCAUGAGGAUGUGCCUGUGCUUCCUAGAGAAGUGUAUAAGAGCAUUAAUAAGGAUGCAGAUUCCCAGCAGGUCGCUGGAGCAAAGAAGCUGCCGAACCUGAAUAAUCUAAAACCUUGCCACCAUUGUUCUGGAAUAAGGAGCAGAUAUGUAAGAGACCUAUUUAUGAUGCUUCCUCUCAAUGCCUCAGAAGCUGCAGUCUCCACAUUCCUGUUGGUUGGGAUCCCAGGGCUUGAGGGUGUGCACAUUUGGAUCUCCAUCCCUAUCUGCCUCAUGUACCUCAUGGCUAUCCUGGGCAACUGCACCAUUCUAUUUGUCAUCAGGACAGAGCCUUCUCUGCAUGAACCCAUGUACCAUUUUCUCCCCAUGCUGGCAUUAUCGGACCUGGGCCUGUCUUUCUCUUCUCUUCCCACCAUGCUGAGGAUCUUUUUGUUCAACACCAUGGAGAUUUCUGCUGAUGCCUGCAUUGCUCAGGAAUUUUUCAUCCAUGGAUUCACAGAAAUGGAGUCCUCUGUACUCCUGAUCAUGUCCUUUGAUCGCUUUGUAGCCAUUCGCAACCCCCUGAGAUACAGCUCCAUCCUUACUAGCUCCAGAGUUUUGCACAUUGGACUAGCAUUUGCUUUUAAAAGCAUUCUCCUAGUUCUUCCCCUUCCUUUCACUUUAAAGAGACUCAAAUACUGUAAUAAACGCCUGUUAUCCCACUCCUUCUGCCUCCACCAGGAUGUCAUGAAGCUGGCGUGCUCUGACAAUAGAGUUAACUUCUACUAUGGUCUGUUCGUUGCACUCUGUAUGAUGUCAGACAGUAUGUUAAUUUCUGUCUUCUAUGUGUUUAUUCUGAAAACUGUAUUGGGUAUUGCAUCUCACGGGGAAUGGCUUAAAGCUCUUAACACCUGUGUGUCCCACAGCUGUGCUGUGCUCAUCUUCUAUGUGCCCAACAUCACCUUGGCUAUUAUGCAUCGCCUUCCCAAGCAUAUGUCCCCUUUGGCUAUGAUUCUGAUAGCUGAUGCAUUCUUGCUGGUACCACCCUUGAUGAAUCCCAUCUUGUACUGUGUAAAAACUCAGCAGAUUAGAGUGAAGGUUCUGGAAAAAUUGGAAAACCUGGGUCUGAAGUCUAAAUGA